AUGACCGGCCAGAGCCUGUGGGACGUGUCGGAGGCCAACGUCGAGGAUGGAGAGAUCCGCAUCAACGUAGGAGGCUUCAAGAGGCGGCUGCGCUCGCACACACUGCUGCGCUUCCCCGAGACGCGCCUGGGCCGCCUGCUGCUCUGCCACUCGCGCGAGGCCAUUCUGGAGCUCUGCGAUGACUACGACGACGUCCAGCAUGAGUUCUAUUUUGAUCGCAACCCCGAGCUCUUCCCCUAUGUGCUGCAUUUCUACCACACCGGCAAGCUUCACGUCAUGGCGGAGCUGUGCGUCUUCUCCUUCAGCCAGGAGAUCGAGUACUGGGGCAUCAACGAGUUCUUCAUCGACUCCUGCUGCAGCUACAGCUACCACGGCCGCAAAGUGGAGCCCGAGCAGGAGAAGUGGGACGAGCAGAGCGACCAGGAGAGCACCACGUCCUCCUUCGAUGAGAUCCUGGCCUUCUACAACGACGCCUCCAAGUUCGACGGGCAGCCCCUGGGCAACUUCCGCAGGCAGCUGUGGCUGGCGCUGGACAACCCUGGCUACUCAGUUCUGAGCAGGGUCUUCAGCGUCCUAUCUAUCCUGGUGGUGUUGGGGUCCAUCAUCACCAUGUGCCUCAACAGCCUGCCAGACUUCCAAAUCCCCGACAGCCAGGGCAACCCUGGCGAGGACCCCAGGUUCGAAAUCGUGGAGCACUUUGGCAUCGCCUGGUUCACCUUUGAGCUGGUGGCCAGGUUUGCUGUGGCCCCUGACUUCCUCAAGUUUUUCAAGAAUGCCCUAAACCUUAUCGACCUCAUGUCCAUCGUCCCCUUUUACAUCACUCUGGUGGUGAACCUGGUGGUGGAGAGCUCGCCUACCUUGGCCAACUUGGGCAGGGUGGCCCAGGUCCUGAGGCUGAUGCGGAUUUUCCGCAUCUUAAAGCUGGCUAGACACUCCACUGGCCUCCGCUCCCUGGGGGCCACCCUGAAAUACAGCUACAAAGAAGUAGGGCUGCUUUUGCUCUACCUGUCCGUGGGGAUUUCUAUCUUCUCCGUAGUGGCCUACACCAUUGAAAAGGAGGAGAACGAGGGCCUGGCCACCAUCCCUGCCUGCUGGUGGUGGGCCACAGUCAGCAUGACCACUGUGGGGUAUGGGGAUGUGGUCCCAGGGACCACGGCAGGGAAGCUGACCGCCUCUGCCUGCAUCCUGGCAGGUAUCCUAGUGGUAGUCCUGCCCAUCACCUUGAUCUUCAAUAAGUUCUCCCACUUUUAUCGGCGCCAAAAGCAACUCGAGAGUGCCAUGCGUAGCUGUGACUUUGGAGAUGGAAUGAAGGAAGUCCCUUCCAUCAAUUUAAGGGACUACUAUGCCCAUAAAGUUAAAUCCCUCAUGGCAAGCCUGACAAACAUGAGCAGGAGCUCCCCAAGCGAACUAAGUUUAAAUGAUUCUCUACAUUAG